AAACACGACUAUAAACUCCAUUCCACGCAAUUUCGGACACCCUGUCCAACAUUAAACCAGUAAAAACCCCCGAAGUCACUUCGCACCUCCAAAAUUAAAAUUUCCAAACAGCAUUUUGUAAUCAAAACAACUAAAUCGCUCAACGCGUGCGUAAAAUAUUUUUAGAAACGGCCGGAAAAAUUCGUACGGCUACUUUAUAUCUCUCCUCUGAAUACGUCACAUUGGCAUGGAGCCAUCAAACCGAUUCAAAAAUAAACCCGGAGAAAAUCAACCAGUAAAACCAACGUGUUUUCCGAUCGAACAUGUCUCCCAAGAAACCUGUUGAAAAUCUGUCUAAAUUGUGUGCGGAAAUAGUGAUUCUGGAACUGCAAAACAUCAUCAAAAGAAACGGUGAAGACAGUUUGACGUUUCUCGAACAGUACAUUGAAAACAUACCUCAAAAACUUGCAGACGACUUGUUACAAAGCGUACUGGACAUCAGUAACCUCACAUCUCCCUCAAAAUGGAUCAUCUUCAACGCAUUCCAGCAUUUUUGUACAAGAUUCGACUCAAGAAACGUAUCUCCGAAGUACCACGAAAGAUUCGUUGAAAACCUCAAGCACGUGUACCAUUUGAACCUGACAGGAGCUCGAGUAUCAAGUGUUUGCAUCAAAAACCUCAUCAAAAGAUGCCAGAAUCUACGCUCAUUGGUAAUUCCUGGUCAUGCCAAUAACGAUAUACUAGAACUAAUCGGAGGUUUACCCAAACUCGAGUUCCUAGACAUCAGUAAUGGUUCCUUCACCCUUGAAGGUCUGAAAUUCAUCAAAAACCACUCCAUACAAGUCCUGAGCAUCGGAGUUGUUCUAACACGCAGUCUGGCUUCGUCAGAUCAAGGGUACGACAUCCUAGUCAAUCUUAUCGAGCAGUUACCAAAUCUAACCGAAAUCAGAACAUACGGCUAUACUGGAGGUGCCUUGCUCUAUUUCAAGAAACCUUAUGUUUCAAAGUUAAGGGUUCUAUCAGACUGUUUUACUAACACUGAAUCAAUGAAAGCCAUCAUUGGUGUAUGUCCAGACCUUCAAGAACUCACCUUGGACGACCCGGAAGUUGAAGUAUACGACCUCCUCGAAGAACUAAAACACUUAAAGAAGUUAGUGCUGAGGAGGUUUUGUGCAAAACCGUCAGAAAUUUGCUUGAAGACACUUACUUUGGAAACGCUACAAGCCCAGAAUGUUUGUUUAGACUUAAAAGACAUGUGUAUUACUUUGGAAACAUUACGAUUAACGCACUGUGUGAUUUUGGAUUCAUCCAAAAGACCUAGAUUAUUCAAAAACCUCAGAGUUAUUGAGCUAAUUGAUUGUGAUGUGGAUAAAGAAAUAAUAAUGACUUGUUUACGGACUUGCGACCAGCUCCAGAGGUUGGCGGCAUCAAAAGAACUGAAUUUGACAGACGAGGAUAUUAAAAAACUGUGCGAAAGGCGGUGUUUGGUGAAUUUGGAGGAGUUGUGGUUAUCGAUAGCGCGGAAUUUAACGAGUGAGUCUGUGAUAACGCUGAUGAAUCACUGUGAUAAACUGAGGUUGAUCGGGACUUUGAAUGGAUGGCGCAUGGAAAAGGUGGAAGUGAAUUACUUGAAAGUUGACUGGAUGAUUCCCAACAAACCCAAUGCCACAAUAUCAAUCGGAAACAUCACCAUAACAGCAGGUAGAGAAGCUAUUUUUAGUUGUAUAGUUAACAUCACUGGAAGAUACAAGGUAAAUCAGGUUGCUUGGGUCAGAGCUGAAGACCAGACCAUACUCAGCAUUGGCACCAAAGUGGUGACGCACAACAGUAGAAUAUCCGUCACGCAUGACAACUUGCACACGUGGCAAAUCAGGAUCAAGCAAGUGAAGGAGACGGACAAAGGUUGCUAUCUUUGUCAGGUCAACACCAACACUGUCAAAACGCAGGAGGGAUGUCUGGAUGUCAAUGUACCGCCUGAUAUACUAAACGAAGACACUAGUGGCGACUUUUCAGUGUCGGAAGGUGAAAACGCCACUCUGUGGUGCAAAGCUUCGGGGCAUCCCCCGCCUAGAGUCCUGUGGAAAAAGGAAAAUGGAGAACCAAUUUUUAUCAGACGCAGCUUUAGAAAUUUCUCGAAAGUGGAUACUUUCAACGGUACCAGUCUGAACUUUUGGAAGGUGGACAGGACCCAGAUGGGUACUUACUUGUGUAUUGCCAGCAAUGACGUGCCACCAGCUGUCAGUAAAAGAAUGUCGAUGUAUGUAAACUUCUCUCCUACGAUCAAGGUUCCCAACCAACUGCUAGGUGCCCCUAUAAACACAGACGUCCAGUUGGAGUGCUACGUGGAAGCUUUUCCAAACACCAUCAACUAUUGGGUAAAGAACAGAAGCGAAAUGCUAUUAAAUGGCACGAAGUACGUGGUGAGAGAGGAGAGGAUCGGGUACACGGUGUUCAUGUGGCUGGUGAUCAAGUCCUUUUCCAAUAAGGACGUCGGGACGUAUAAUUGCGUGUCGACGAAUUCGCUGGGCAAGGCCGAAGGAACGUUGCGAUUAUACGAAAUCAAAUUGAAUCCAGUAUCAACGUACGACAGCCACUCUGAAGUUAUGGGAGGUGUUGCAGAACCUGCAAGGGGCACUAGGUCAAAAGAAGUCACCAUAUCAUCGAAUUCUUCCUGUAUAUCACCACAACACUUUGUUUAUUUACUUUUGGCACAUAUCUUAACACUGAGUUGACUAUAACAUAGUUUAUAUUAAAGUCUAUAUCAACACUCAAACAUACUUGUAGACAUAUCUCUACAUAUCUAGGCCUAGGUUUUUUAACCAUAUCAUUUUUUAAUAUUUUUCACUACGUUAUACACGAACAGCAAUGUUAUUGUUGCUUAAUUGUAAAACUAAUUAAUCAAUAAUUUUUAAUUUUUGCGUGUGUAUAGUAAUUAAUAAACGUUUGUUCCCAUGAGAAAUCAAUUUAUCCUGAAUUAAGUUGAUGUUGGAUGUUUAUGUCAAUGCUAAUUACAAACUAAUUGUUAAAGAGCAUAAUAUGUUGCCUUUAAAGAAGAUAUCUCUAGUUGUCUGUAAAUAAUUCGGUAUUGUUCAGUUCUUAAACUAAAUAGAUGUGAAUAUUUUUAAGAAAAAUGAUUGUGCCAAAAAAGCAUCUGAUGAAUUUUGAUUUUGUAUAUUAGCAGGCUUGAAAUAAAAACUUCAAAGUA